GGCUGAUUAAUAAUGACAGCAUAAUCAAGUCAAACCAACUAGUCAAAUAGUCUUUUCUUGCUCUCUUUUAUUUCAUGUUCACAAUCAUUUUUUGUUCAAGUAAUAGAUACAUGAUGAUGGUGGUGUAAUUGGUGUCGGUGGUGAUGAUGACGAUCAAAUUUGACGAUUUAUCGUCCUGUUUAUAAAUUAAUGUCUGAUUAACGCCUAUUUUACCAUCUUUUUCCUCUCCCUUCAUCAUCCUUUAUCAUCAUACCAGUCAUUUUUCCCUCUCUUUCACCCAACCAAUUUGUAUCUUUUUCCUUUCACCUUAUACUGUUGUUACCUCUUUUUCAACCAUCAUGUUUAUUUUGUUUUAGCCAGUUUUUAACCAGAAAAAUAUGGCUCUUCUUUACCAUUGUUUCAUUUAUUGUAAACUUAUACCUAUCAUCAUCUAAAUUAUCAUUGUAUUGUUAAUUGUGUCCCUUUUUAUCAUGAUUAAAGAUUAAUGGAUUGCUUAAUUAACAUCAUAAUUGUGUCAUUAUUUCCCCCACCAUCAUCUUUAUCCCUUUCACCGUAUUUAUCGCUUGGCGAAGAGUGUUGAUCUCGUGUUUAUUUAUUUUGCUACUAUCAACCAUAGCGGUCGGUUGACACAAACAAAUGGACAUUAAACCAGUUGUAACAUAUUAUGCAAACAAUACAAAUGUGCCAGAAAAAUUGAGGGAUAAAAUUGUCACUAAUUUGCCAGAAGAAUGCAUUGAAUGGCAAAGGUCGUAUGGGCGGUCUACAAAAAAGGUUUAUUUGGAAGUGAAUUUUGUGCCAUUCCAAGACACUUUUCUCAAGGAAAACAGUUCUUCAGAAGGAAAGCAAAGUCUUCUGGGGCGAUGUCUACUCCAUACCUAUUGGUUUGAAUGUUCCGAUGUUGAUGUGUACAAAACUCAGAUUCGUGAGGAUGUAAUCUCUUGGAUGAAUCGGCUUCGUGAAUUCGACAUCUGGGACUGGUUAAUCGUAGUUGUUGAUUCAAGUGAGAAAAAGAAGAGCAAUAAAACUAAGUUACUUCCUCGUAGUACUGUUGCCGACAAAGUUCGUAGUGAUUUUCCUUCAUCAGUUAAAGAUGCUGCCGAUCGUUGUGUUUCUCUUGUUAAUCCGGUAAAGAAUGAAACAUCGGCUGGUGAUAGUUAUGAGUUUUUCUUGGACCGUUUACGUCUGGUUUUACUGAAAUCAUACUCAAAGCAUUUGACUCGAUAUGAAGAUUUUGUUCGUGCUCAGAGAGAACGACGUAACUCUAAAUCAUGGGAUUUUUUCACUUUUUUCAUUCUACAAGAAGAGAUGGCUUUUGCAUUUGAAAUGCUUAGCCUUUAUGAAGAUGCAUUAGUUCAAUAUGAUGAACUGGAUGCUCUUUUUAGUCAAUUUGUGAUUAAUAGUCAUGUCAUUCAACCACCCGAUUGGUUGAAAGUACUAAUUGAAAGAUGCCAUUCUUGGGGAGGAUUAACUUUAUCCAAAAGUAUAUCAACCCAAUUAAGAGAGAAAAUACGUGAUUCUACUGCAAGUCUUCUCGAACUUAGGAAUUACUUAUUUUCCCGUCAAUGUGAGCUUCUCCUUAUGCAACAUAAACCAUGGGAAUUAUCAACUAGAGCUUUACCAUUUCUUCAUAAUUGUGUCAACGAAUUAAACAUUUUAGAGAUAAAUUUACCUUGCGGAGCUGUCGCCUGUUGGGUAUUUCUGAGUGCGUUAGAAAUCUUACAAAAAUGCGAAAGAUAUAAUGAUUCAUCGCAAAUGCAAAUAUAUUCUCGUUAUACAAUCGGUUUAUGGGCUUACGCACGUCGAAAGCUCGAAGAGUUGGGAACUCUUUGUGGUUUAAUGCCAGGUAUGAAUCAUGAUUCCGAAUGUAUACAUAAAGUCGUUGGCUUAAUCGCUGGAAUGGGCAAUGAUCCUUAUGCAGAUGAAAAGCUUACAAGUCCAAGUCCACAAACUACUUUGAAAGAAGCCUUAUCAAAACCUGAGGCCUUUUCAAAAGCUUACCUCGAAGUAUCAGAGUUAACCAUCAGUACUUACAAACAUAUCGGGAGAUUUAGAUCUGGUCGCUUAGUCGGGCGUGAAUUAGCCUUUUUUUACAUGAAAAUGAAUAAGCAUCAGCAAUCAAUUCCGUUUUUACUCGAUUUGGAGAAAGUUUUUGCCGAAGAUCGUUGGACAGUAUUACUUGCUGAUACAAGGAAAAACAUUCUUGAUUGUUUUAUUGUUUUAAAUGAUUGUAAAAAAGUUGUACAAUAUGCUCUACUUCUAGCAUCGAGUCAAAACUUGGAAAUGUCUGAACGCUCAAAAUAUUUAAUCAUAGCCAAAGAUAAUAUCCCAUCUUUAACUAAAGAUGAUCCUUUAAUUAUUUCAAUGGAAGAAAUGUUCCCUAUUGGUUCAAUUACAAUGAAAAGUCAAGGUGUUUUUGUGACCAAUGCAAAGCUCGAAUUAAUUCUCAACUUGGAAAGUAAUUUAAUGGAAAAAAUUAGUUUCGCUUCUAUUUGUGUCUACCUUUCAUACGAACCCUUCUCACCUCAAGCCCGUGCCCGUUCACAGGAUAAACAAGUUGCUGCCAAAAAUUCACUCCUCUGUCCACAUCCAUUUUCAACUAUAAAUAGGAAGAAUUUUCGAGUUCGACCUAAAUUUGAAACUUAUCAUAAUACUUUUAAUUCAGAAAUUGAGAUUGGUAUUCGAUGUUGUAAUUUGAAUCAAAUUUUCAAACGUUCAGUUGAACCAUCUAACGGACCUUCAACCAUGGAACCCUGUAAAUCAACAAUGAAUCACUCUUUUGUCUCCUCGAACAUUGACAUUGCUCCAGGCUCAAAUGAAUUAAUAUUAACAUUUGAGCCAAUUGACUCAGGUUGUUACUCAGUUGAAGGAAUCAAGUUAACAUGGAAAGACGAAUUAAUAUCAUUCACUCAUCAACCUUUAACUGCUCACCUAUGCUUCACUGUGAUAUCUGAAGAACCUAGUCUUAAAUUAAUUGAUAAAGAUGGAAAUGAUAAUGUUAGCAAUUUAGAGAUAAUUUCUGGUCCACCUCAACACAUUACUCUGCGACUUAAUAGUGGAAGCUACUCAUUUCAACCAGGGGCAACAAUUACGUUGAAAUCAUCCACUGACCUGUUCAUGAGGCUAAUCCAAGAUGAAAGUAAACAAGAAGAAGAAUCAGCCAAACAUACAAACUACUCGCCACUCGAAGUAAUGGAUAACAAUGAUACAAAUAAUUUAGCCAACUUUUCUAACUCAAUCGACAUCAACUUUAAAUCCUCACUUGAUCCAUUUCAAAACCAUGAUAUUCCCCUGAUAAUAGUCAGUAAAUUUGCUCAUCAACGAGGGCCCAGUGGUACAGAGCAUAAUAUUACACUUUCAUAUCCUGAUAAUAAAACGGAGGCUAUUAAAUCAAUUAGUAGAAUCUUACAUCUAACUCCGCCAUUUAUGUCAACUGCUAAAUUACAUAUUCUGGUUGAACGUAAAUUCCUUGAAAUUAAUAUCCGAGCUGUUUCCAAGCAGCGUUUUGAACUUUUUGAUGCCAACCUAGUUGCCAAUGAAAUUGAGAAAGAGAGAAACGAUGAAUUCCUCUUUAAAUCAUUCAAUUCGCCCAGGCGAAUGAUUUUAUACAAAGAUCAAACUGUUCACUAUUUAUGGGAAAUAUUUUCUAAGGAAUCAAAUACAUUAUCUAAAUUAUUAUUCUCCUUAAAGUACAAUACAAUCAAUGAACAAUUUUCUACAAACCCAUUGGCUUACCAUUCAUAUGAUUGUGAUUUUACCAUAAAAUCAAUCAAACCAACAGUUGAAUAGCAAGCAUCACUAAACCAAGCAAGCCACCAACCAAAAUUUGAAUCUUUUUCAGCAAAGAAAUCUCUAAAUGCUGUCCGGAAUCAUCAAAAGAAACAAAAGCAGAUAAACUCAGUAUUGAAUUGAAGCUAUCCAUUUUCGCUUUUUUUCUUCAACUCUUUUUUUUACUCUAAUCAUGUUACAUAUUUUUUAGUUGCUUUCCUUUGGAAGCAUAAACAUCGUUGAUUAUUAUUAUUAUAUCAUAUUAUAUUAUAUAAAUUAUUGCUUUUAAAUAUUUAUCAAUAUCAGCCUCCCUUGAUAUCUACAUUCAUUAAAAUGGAUUACA